UUUUACCAAGGGAGACUACGCUGUUAUCUCUUUUAAAAACAUGGCUACCAAUGUUUCGUCUGCAGCGGAGAAAAGCAAACAAUUUACUUGUAAACUUUGUGAUUUUUCCAUAGAGUAUCACUACUUUGGUACAAAGCCUCCCUUUGCAAAAGCCGUAGUGUUGUUGGAGGAGUGCUAUAUUAUGAAAGAUCCCUUUUCCACUACUGGUGGAUUCAUCACAAUAGGCGGCAUAUGUUCAGUGUGUGGUAUAAAUGUAUGCAUGUCAAAUGACUGUAGUUUGUUCUACACAAGACGUUUCUGCAUUCCUUGUGUCUUGAAACAUGUUAAGGAAUUUCCAAAAGAAAUACAGCAGGAGGUUGAGCGCAAGCGUCAAGAAAGGUGACGGGACAGUGUCACUGACGAGAUGAAAUGACACUGCCAUAUGAGAGGAGGCAUGGAGGUGCCAUAGGAAGGAUGACACAGCAGUGUCACUGAAAGGUGACACGACAGUGCCAUGAGAGGAAUUUUAUGGCGUCCUUGAUCAAACCUAACUGUUCGCAGAUGAAACUAGCAAACGUGAAAUAGAGAAUUGUGUGUGAGUGGCUUGCAGGCUGGACAUUUGGGUAUAAGCAAUAAAUAAGGGUAAGCAGAUUUACUUUGUUUAUUUUCAAGCAGUCACUGCCUUUGCUACUGUGCAAAUGUGUGCUACAAUUUUCUGAGUUCAAUUUUUAAAAAAAGAUUUUUCAAAUUGUCCGAAAAUCUGUUUUUUCUUUUCGUUAAUUAUAGAUGCAAAAAGUAUUAUUGGAUGGGAUUUCUUAAUACUUUACAUGUGCUCGAAUAUAUGUUUAUAUGUGUAUGCACGUGCGCGCGUGUACAGGCUUUUAGUAAGCAUUCCGCGUGCUGUACAAGGCCGCCACGCUGUCUGCAGCGACGCGAUUGCUAUUCGCAGCAGCUACUGGCAGCACGGCAGCUGUAGUGACAUUUGAAGGCCGCCAGGUAUCUGCAGGUUUAAAGUGUUUGCUGUCGCCGCGCAAAGCAUUUCACACCUGCGCGCAAACCGGAGCCUUUCAUACAGAUAUAAUUGAACGCGGUCAGCAGACAAAAAGUAAAUAGGAUUACUGUGAUUAACCGUCCCGUGUACCCACCCGGUCGCUGUGCUUCUCCUCAUCCUUUCCGCGUUGUGUGGGUUCGUGUGUGUGUUUGUUUGACAUUUUUCUCUCUCUCUCCAUUCCUGUCUUCACACACACACACAUGCCUGAAGAGAGACUGUCUUUUCUUUUGACCAUUAAAACUUAUCUCAAAACAAUCCGCAGGUCGUGGCCUUCAAUAAUUCUCACUCCACUGGUACGGACCCCUCUUUGUGGUGUCCGAAGCAGAACAUUAAUCACUACUUCAAGACCAAGACAAGUUCCGUUUAAAAACUCUUUAGUCAGCAGUUUUCCCCCUUGGUGGAUUCCGCACGUGUUCCAACGCAGGAGGUAAAGAGGACAGAUUAAAGACAAUUAAAUCAAAUUGAAAAAGACAAGAGACAUCCUAGACUUUCCUCGUGUGCGUCAUUGCUUUCAUGUCUAUCUUGAAGAAUGGGUUAGGACUGCCUUAAACUUCUGACACACCUACUCAAAUGUAAGGCCUUCUCUAAGCCCAGAGCAAACACCUCAAAAGCCUACGACGUCAAGAAGAGAUGGUCUUGAAGACUUGCUGGAAGUAUCAAACUUCAAGGGGGGUGGCUGGUUUUUGUAGUAGCCUGGGGCAAUCACUGUCCCCACGUUGUAAAUAAACAGCAACUUGAGACAAUGGCUGGGGCGUAUGUCCCUUAUUAUGAAAUAACUAUAUAUCUUAAAAUAUAUAUGUAAUAUAAUUAUAUAUAACUAUUUUUCUGUAUUUCAAAUGCCGAAACGGUGAGGCGUUCAUUCCAUACUCUGAACAGCAUGGUGUUGAAUGUUUUGACCUUUGUAUGCUUCAAAAAUGAUCAUCGUUUCAAUUC